GAGGCCUGUAGUUAUAAGUCGGCGGCGGCUGCUUAGAUGAGUCAUCGCCUCAGACUGUUAACGUUUGUUGAUUCAUCUACUCAGACGCCACAGAAUACAUUUGGAAUCCAAGAUUGUGUUUCAACUAUUCUGACGGGAUUGAGAUGUUACAUUUUGGGUUUUCGACAUUGCUUAAGGAGUUGUUUAAAGCCAACCUAAAGCGUACCUCGGCCGGCGCCAGACAGAGAAACUGGUGGUUAGCGACCCGCCACUGCUGCUUCCGUACCGCCUCUGUGGACUGCAGAUCUACCCAACUGACUGUCCUCCAUGGCUCCACAUUGCGCACAGCGUACCAUGCGGCGAAUUCCCGCCCAUACUGCACGAAAGCUGAAGGAGAGUUGAAAAUGAACGAACCGACGAAGAAGGAUGGCGUCAGCCGUGAAGAAGCCACUGACAAAAGAAGAAAUUCUGGCAUUCUGCCUAGUCUGGAGGAUUUGCUUUUCUACACAGUUGCAGAAGGUCAAGAAAAGAUUCCUGCUCAUAAAUUUCUCACAGCUCUUAAAGCCACAGGACUUCUCACAGGAGAUCCCAGACUAAAGGAAUGCAUGGAAACCCUCAAAGAAACCUUAAAGACCACACCAGAUGGUGUUACACUGGACAAGCACCUAUUCAAGAAGUGUGUCCAGCACAACAUUGUCCUGCUCACGCAGGCCUUCCGCAAGAAGUUCGUCAUCCCAGACUUCCAAUCCUUCACUUCCCACAUUGAUGAGCUAUAUGAGAGUGCCAAAAAUCUCUGUGGAGGACAGGUUGCAGACUACAUUCCUCAACUUGCCAAGUUCAGUCCGGACCUGUGGGCUGUUUCUCUGUGCACGGUAGAUGGACAGAGACACACAGUGGGAGACUCAAAGGUCCCCUUCUGUCUGCAAUCUUGUGUCAAGCCUUUGAAGUAUGCUGUUGCUGUUCAUGACCAUGGCACAGAGUAUGUGCAUAGUUUCAUCGGGAAGGAACCCAGUGGUCUCCGUUUUAACAAGCUCUUUCUAGAUGAAGAUGAUAAGCCCCACAACCCAAUGGUGAAUGCUGGCGCUAUUGUUUGUACCUCCCUGAUAAAGCAAGGUGAAGGCAAUGCAGAAAAAUUUGACUAUAUCAUGAACUUCUUGAAAAACAUGGCAGGAAACGAGUAUGUGGGUUUCAGCAAUGCCACAUUCCAGUCUGAGCGUGAGUCAGGAGACAGGAACUUUGCCAUCGGCUACUACCUGAAAGAAAAAAAGUGUUUUCCAGAGGGGACAGACAUGACAUCUGUACUGGACCUCUACUUUCAGCUGUGCUCCAUUGAGGUGACCUGCGAGAGUGCCAGUGUGAUGGCUGCCACACUAGCUAAUGGAGGCAUCUGUCCGAUCACAGGUGAACGUGUGCUAAGCCCUGAGGCUGUGAGAAACACUCUGAGUCUCAUGCACUCCUGUGGCAUGUAUGACUUCUCUGGACAGUUUGCCUUCCAUGUAGGUCUUCCUGCCAAGUCUGGGGUUGCAGGGGGGAUCCUGUUGGUAGUACCCAAUGUGAUGGGUAUCGUGUGCUGGUCACCCCCCUUAGACAAACUGGGCAACUCCGUCAGAGGAAUUCAGUUCUGCACGGAUCUUGUGGAACAUUUUAAUUUCCAUAACUAUGACAACUUGAGGCACUUUGCCAAGAAGCAUGAUCCUCGCAGAGAGGGAGGAGACCAGCGGCAGCAAUGCUUCGGGCCGAUGGACUAUGACAGUCUACAACAAGAGCUAGCCCUGAAAGCCCCCUUCUGGAAAAAAGUGUCUCCCACAGAGUCGCACCAGGACACCUCCACUACUGUAGUCUAUAGGGUGGACAAUGUUAGCAAGUGAAACUAUAGAAGACCAACACAUCUGCCUCACCCUCAAAUAUUUAUGUAUAUUAUUCAGAGAAUUGUUGCUUGUGAAGUAGUUACUGUGUGGGCUGGUUUUUAUUUUUUUCUGUGAUGGGAUAAGAAAUGAGAUUUGCCUCAGAAUUAACUCCCAACCUACUAGUUGCCUUAGUGUGUGCAAUCUGGUAUUCACUUUAUGAUCUAUGAUCUUAACGUUCUCUUUUAGGGUUGUCACGAUACCAGAAUUUCAGUAGUUGAUACCAAUAUCUGUGAAUUUUCACAAUUCGUAUUUGACGCCGCGAUUUUAAACAAACAAAAAACAACAAAAAAAAGUGUUUUUAAAUUCACUACUUUAUUGAACAUAGAUUCAAACUGUCAAGUAUUUCAGAUCGCUGUGCUUCCAACAUCUUUUUUUACAGAAUUUAAAUUGCCGUAGCAGUUGCGUAGAGGUAACGAUGCAUUCAAAGAACAACAGCAGUGGUCUGUAGCCUGCCAGUCUCUUAAAAACAAACAAUACUGUGCUUAUAAAUAUGCUGGUAAAUAACAAUAGUCAACUAUUUCACAUUUAUCAAAAAAAAAAAAAAAAGUUUUUUAUGGUUUUUGUGUUGGAACCAUGGUUGUAGUGGGCCUUGUAGUGUUUGAGACCCCUGCUUUACAAAAUAAAGUUUGAAUUCAAAUAACACAAGCUCACAGACUGUCAGAGAGCAUCGUGGCAUGUAAUGUCACACAUCAUGACGGUAUUGUUACAUUAUUAUAGUGGUUGACCGAUUAUCGGCCGGGCCAUAUUUGGAAUUUUGACGUAUAUCGGUAUCGGCCUUUAUUUAAAUCCGACGGGCCGAUAUCAAGAAAUCAAUUUAAAACUUUUUUUUUUCCGGCUCAGAUGCAGCUGCGUGUCUCUCUCUCUUUUUUUCCACUGCUGUCUCCAGCAUUGCUCCACCCACGGGGGAAGAGAGCAAAGUUUUCUUGUGUGGAGAACUGAGAGCAAACGCAUGUCAAAAUCAAUGCAGAAAACUCUGGAAAUUGUAAUAAACAUCCCAGUGCUCUACAUCUCACAACUACUACUAACGUUACAGUGAGCAGCAGAAUAACGUCAGAGCAGGGUAAACAUUAGCGGCAGCUCGUAGUACCUCUCGACAUGUCAAAAGAAGGCUGCUCAUAAUGUCAACAGGCAAAACAGUCGUGAUAGUUAAAGCAUGCGUGUGAUUGAGAGAGCGCGUGUAAAAAAAAAAUAUUGAAAAAAAAUAUCACUUGUUGUUAUUAGAGGGGAAACACGGCAAGGUGGAGGCUGGUUAGCUAGCGUACCAUAACAUUAGUUCGUCGGUCUGGCUCUGUCUAAAGGCUCAGAAGACUAUGUACGUAUUAGCAAUGGGGAGAAUGUAUGAAAUGUGGAGAAUAGUGUGUGUGUUUGAGUGGAAGUCACAUGAAAAACUCACAGCUCACGACUACUACAAUAACAUAACGUUAAGAGCGGAGUAGACACACACGGCAGCUUUGCUAGCUUGUUGUACCUCCCAAUAUGUCUGUGAAUCACUUGAAACAAAGCUGUUGGUGAUAUCAAUGAUUGUGAGGGAGAGAGAGAGUGGAAGAAAUUCAAUUCAGUCUUGUUUUGUUGCAGGGAAGUACGCCAAGAUGUACGCCUGCUCUUAACAUACAGUAUAUAUAAAUGUUACUUUAUUUACUAUGGAAACAUUUCAUGGAGAUAUUUAUUUACGUUUUUAUUCAACUUCAACUCAGAAGAGAUGCUUCUGAGUCAAGCAACUCCAUGGUCUUCUGGAGCUAUCUUUCUAUUUGUUUGGUUAAAUAAACAUGCUUUAGGCAGUGAAAUGAAUAAAGUUUUGUUAUUCAACAUUUUCAACAUUAUACGCCAAUUUUUACACUUGUACUGCAAAUGAAUAUCGGCCUCCUUAACUAUAAAUAAUCUGUAUCAGUAUCGGCCCUGGAGAAAACCAUAUCAGUCGAUCUCUACAUUAUCUCUGUUCAUAUAAGGGAGCGAGUAUGAGAAGCCUGCGCCUCUCCAAGCAUGGUACGGUGGCUCUCAAGCCCAAAUGACGGAACACAAAUUUGGGUUAUGUAUAACUUGACAUCAGUGAUACUAAACUGAAACCUACUCACCUUGAAGUCUUUAAACAAGACGAGGUGCCUGUCUUUCAGGUGUUUCUCCAGCUUCGAAGCGUUUCUUUCUUUGGAGACACCAUUUACAUGUUGUUUUUUUGUACUGCAAUUAGCCGCCUCAAAAGCGAAGGUUCUCCCACAUGCGACUCCUACUGCUCGGCUUAUCGAUAGGCCGAGGUGAUGUGCUUGCCUCGUACUUGAGACAUUUGUUUUAAAGACAGCAGGCGUUCUUCUGCUGAGAGAAACAAGCUCCUAGCGUUCUGAAAAUGAGUCCAAAACAACAGGGAGCUUUGAUAUUUGCAAGCUGCUUUACAAAAAAACAAGGCCAAAGUCACUUCUAAUAAAUGGACUUGGCAACGAUGCUGCUCAGUCGCCUCAAUGCUCAUACAGUAUGUGUGUGCUGUACUGCCCACGUCAGUUAGAAGUGAUACGGCUCGCCGGGGGGAGUUUUGCAGUCGAUACUGACGAUGCCUAAAAAAGCAGGUAUCGAUGUAUGUUUUGCGUGUUGGUAUCGACUUGAUAUCGAAGUAUUGAUUAUUGUGACAACCCUAUCGUCCUUUAUAUAAAGACACUAUGGUCUGAAACCAAAAAUUAUAUUUGCGGGUGUGUGUGUUAUUUGUGGGGGGGGGCAACUUUUAAACCUACAAACUACUGCCGAUUUACGAUGCCGCCGGUUGUAUCAACACAGUAAAAAAAAAAAAAAGUCACUCAGUAUUAUUUUAUCUGUUCUAUUGUCAGUCAAAAACAACUUGAUUUGUCUGUUCAAUUAUCGUCCACACCAUCUGACCUGCUUGCUAUCAGUUCCGAUCCCGUUCUGUGGUUCAUGCAUAGUUUAUCGCUGCUCAGUACUCAGUCUGCUGAAGAUGAGUAAUCAAAAGUAAACUGAUCAAUCACAAUUGUGUGAUGAUAUGAUAUUUGGACAUGUUGUAUUUAAUAGGAAUACUCGAGUGUGUGUAACUGUAAGUGUCAGACAUUGCUUUAGAACAGGGGUGCUCGCACUUUUUCAGCCUGCGAGCUACUUUUAAAAUUACCAAGUCCCUACUGUAAACACAGAGGAUAUAUAUAUACACACAUACACACACACACACACACACACACACACACUGGGGGGUUUUAUAAUACAAUUGAAUAUACUAUAAUAAAAAUAAUAAUGAGGAAAGUUAAAUAUCCGUGUUGCUGGAGACAUCUGUUCACCACUUAUUUUGCCAUGGAGGCACAAGAGCGAAUCAGGAGGGGGAGCUUAAUGUCAGCUGACUGAUGUCAUAUGACCUCUACAAAGUGGACGUGUACGAAGUGGGUGACACGCAAUCAACCCACACUACCUUCACGGUAGCUCACGAUCAACAUAAUGGGCACCCCUGCUUUAGAGCAUUACUUUUUGCAGGCUCUAUAUACGAUAAUAUACUUGUCUCUUGGUGCGCAUACUUAGGUAAGAUUCUUCUUUUUCAUUUUUGAAAAAAAGAAAACUGCUGCUCCAAUGUAUCUUUUCGAAAUUCCAAACCAGUGCGUGACAGUUUAUGAACAUGUAUUUCAAAAUAAGUGAGCUUAGCACGUAUUACUGCUCUAAUAUUCCCUUCUUAAGACAGUUGUACUCAGGUAAAGUUCCCCUACAUUUACUUUUAGCUUUAGAGAUCAUAUAAAGAACCAUAUCAUGUCAUCAUCAUCAUACCAUGUAGCUUUAUUUGGUGGUCUCUCCCUCAUUGUUUCCUCAUUAAGUUUUUGUGCAGUAUUUUUGUUGUGAUACAAAGUAUUCAACGGCCUCUGCUAACAUGCAUUUUGUUGGCCUUUUUGGGCUUUCUUGGGUUACAUAAUUCAUAAAUCAAUAAAAGCUGAAUACUGUUUGAAAAGGAGCUAAUGCUGUUAUUGGUAGGACAAUCCUUUUAGAUGUGUUACAAUCCCUAAAGAUUGGAGGAAACAAUGCUAAAGCUAUGAUUAUUAUACAGGAUAAUUUGGUAUCCUUAAGACCUUAACCAGACAGACAGCCUGGAGAAAAUCAUCCAGCAUGGUGAGAAUGCCUCCAGUCUGUUUGCUGCUGGAGUCAUUUUCCUCCCAUUGGCAUGACUUUUAAAAUUCUGGCCUAGUUUGUCACCUAUUAGACUGGCCAUGAGGCAACCAAUCAGGAUUGAUGACACAUGAUUGAUGAGUGAUGUCACACGUGGCUUCUCUGUAUCCCAGUGAAGCGAUGAAGCCUAAUGCUGUGUUCUUGAGGGUAUGUGAACUUGUUUGAUACUUCUACUUGUGCUCUUUUGAACUUCACCAUGCAAUACAAUACAAGUCAUGAAUAGAGCUGCAACAGUUAAUCGAUGAUUAAUCGACGAUUAAUCAAUUAGCCAAUUAAUGGACAACAAAUUUGGUACUCAGUAAAUAAUUUUUUUUCAUUUUAAAAUGUAAAUAUCUUCUGAUUUCAGCCUCUCAAAUGUCAAUAUAUUUUUGAAAUUUCCUUCGUCAUCCAUGAAAGCAGACUAAAUUUGUGUUUUAGGCAAAACAAGGUAUUCACCCACAUCAGCUUUGACUGACGAUGAUCAACAUUUUUGCCUCGUUUCUGAUUUGUUGUGGACCAAACCACUAACUGUUUGUGUUUGGGUCACAUUGACCGGGUCCGGUGAGGUCCUAACCAAUUACACCAUUAAUGGGGGGAAAAAAACAAGGUUCAGAUUAAUUGACUAAGAGAAUAAAUUGCUGGUUGCAGCCCUACUCAUGAAUAAGAGGCUUUUGAAUAGUUUCAAGAUUUUUCAUUGUUUGCAUCUGGACUGUAACACUUAACUCUUGCAUGCACAUUUUUGUAUGAAUUGAAUGAUGCCUGUUUAAUCCAAUGUAAAUCCAUAUGUUGUAUGUACUUUUCAUUUUUGUCCCCCCAUUUAUUUUAUGUUGUGUGACACUGAUUAUGCAUAAGCAUUUACCAUGACCUUGGAAAUGUAAGGUUCAUGGUGUUGAACAAGUAUAUCUCGCUACAUUUUAAAAAAGUAAUGUGAAAUGAAGUAUUCUGUUUUUAAUAUGAAUGAUAAAUCCCAAGGAUAGCUUGCUCAUGAAUGGACCCUGCAUUUCCAAGUUGGUGCCAUCAAAAUUGUUUGUCUUUGGAUUUCUUUUCUCUGUCCAAAUGGGUGUAAUUCUGAUCUACACAAACUCCUUAAUUGUAACUGUGUGAUGUUACAUGUAAAAGAAAAUAAAUAUAUCAUUAUAAGCA